ACGUUGUUUGUAAUGAGCUUAUAAGUUGACAAACCCGGAGCAACGGCCGUGCAUCGACGGAACAGGCGAGCAAGGAUAGGGCAGUUCCAGACCGAGCCGUCACCGACCCGCGACCGGUGCCCCGACUCUCGCGGUUCGGUCGCGAAUCCAGUUGCAGUGGAGAUUGUUAGCAGCGUGAGCUAUACGUAAUUGCGUCGGCUGGCGUUGGGUCGCGGAAGCUCUGCAGGGAGUCGAAUCCCGUUGUCGCGUUCGACGGACCGACCGCGCGCACAGUUGCAAAACGUCGCUGCGGCCGCACACGUAAAAACAGCUGUGCAGCCAUGAGUGGAUACUUGGGCAACUUGAGCGCUCGUCAACAAGCCGCGCUGGACCAGUUCCGACAUGCCGUGGCAGACGUGAAGCGGCCUUCGCACACGGAUGCAUUCCUGCUGCGCUGGCUACGCGCGCGGGACUUCGACGUGGCGAAGGCCGAGCGCAUGUACCGUCACGACCUCGAGUGGCGGAAGGAAAACGGCGUCGACGACAUGCUGCAAUGCUACGAGACACCGGAAAUUGUGAAGGAUAACUUUCCCGGAGCGAUCUUGCACCCGUGCAGGGAUGGCCGGCCCAUGUGGUUGAUACCAGUCGGGAUGGACAUAAAAGCAUUCGUAGCCGCACUGACGCCGACCAAGGUGCAGCGGCACUGCAUCUACUUGCUGGAGUACAUGGAAUCGCUGAAGCGCUCGUCCGAAAGGGAGGCGGGCCAAGAAUUGGAAAAUCAGUACCUCGUCAUUGACUUGGACAAGUUUAGCAUCCGUCAAGUUUACAGCUGGCAGGCGAUCAAAUCGAUCACGGACAUGCUGAAAAUGAUGGAGGACCAUUUUCCAGAGUGCCUCGAGAAGUGCAUCUGCAUUAACGCUCCCAACUUCUUCCCCCUUCUGUGGAGACUGGUCCGGCCCAUGAUGACCCAUCGGACGGCCGACAAAGUGAAAGUCUACGGCAAGGACGACUGGAAAGACGUUCUCCUCGACAUCAUGGACGCUGAGAAACUUCCGGCUCAUUGGGGUGGAAACUUGGUGGGGCCCGGCAACGACCCAAGAUGUAGGCACAAGGUGAACCACGGGGGUCGCUUCGAGGAGAGAGCGGCGCCCUCUGUGUUCAAGGAUGACGCCGUGCAGCUGCGAAGCAUCGGUCGUCGCGAGCGGUGGCAACUGCCCGUGACCGCGACCGAGGUGGGCGUGCGAAUCAGCUGGCGCUUUCAGACGUCCUCCGGUGACCUGGGCUUCGGGGUGCGGACCGAGGCUGGCGAGACCCUGGUCCCCACGCGACGCGUCGAGUCCUGUAGCGUGGAGCCUCAGGAGGGGUGCUGGCAGUGCGACACGCCGGGCACAUAUAUCCUCGAGUUUGACAACAGCUACAGCUGGCUAAAUGGCAAGACGUUGGCCUACGUCGUGAAAACGCACGACGUCAACGAGGACUCUUGACCCUCGACCUCCAGGGCGCGUUUCUGGUCGAGGUCAAUUGACGACUUCAAGAAUCCCGGGCAUUGCAUCUUACGGCGCUAACCACUGGCAGGCAGGGGCACAACAUGGCGUAAGGUGUGCUAGCAGAUUAAAAAAAAAAAAGUCUGACCAAUGGCACCCAAUGUUGGUUCUCAUUGGCCACAUGUUGGACAAUGUUGGCUCAACGUUGCCCCUAGUUUGAGUGCUACAUAGUUGGGUGAAUGAUAGUUGAGGAAUAAACCUUCACCACUCCGCACGAAAUAGCGCGAUUCUUUUGAGUUCAUACUUAUGUGUUCACCGGUGAGAAACGUUACACGAGCCCUAAAUUCCGCGACAAAGCGCAUGCAUACUCCCCCCUGGUAGCUUUGGAAUGCAGCAUAUAUAUCGAUACGGCAAUUCGAGCUUGAUCACGCGAGAAACACAAAUGCACUGGUCGAGCGUGAUGCAUAUAGUGUGGGAACAUUCUGACCUUGCUGGGAACACGAAGUCCGUAAAUACUCGUGCUCGAGAAUUGUGUGAGUGUUUAUGUUUGUCAUGCAUGGUGACCUGAAGACUGUCGACCACUCUUAGUCCAUGCUGGCUUAGCAGCGCUGCCUGUAAGAGCGUGUUGGAACCAAACUCUAAACAACUUCUCUCGCGACCGACAGAUGGGAGCACAGCGGAAAAAUAAAAUGGCUGCUUGCGCUAUGUUGUAAACCGGUCGCAAGACACGUGGUAACCGAGAUCAUCUGCUCUGCGGCGGGCAGAAAAGCGCGAACUGCGUCUUUAUCUUUGUUUUCCUUCUUAAUUUGAAUAAAGCGUGUAACUAAUUUUUGUUUAAUCUUAAGGAAGUAAGGUACCAAGCUAACAAAGGAACGACAAACACAGCAACUUUUUUGCAGCCUUAGUCAUUUAAUGUGACAAACAGCCCACUUUACUAUGUUUUCACUCGUUCCACUUCCUUCGGUGAUUCUGAACCUUAUCCCCAACGGUUUCUUUAUGCUACCU